AUGGCUCCCAAGGUCGACUCUCAGACCCAGCCACCAGUAAAACGCCCUCCGCUGAAGCUGUCCAUCCCAGGACAUGAAUCCGAAGUCUCCUCCGCAUCCUCUGGCUGGGACGCACGCAAAGCAUCCGAGCUCGAGAAACAUAGAUUGCAAGGCAACGCAUUCUACCAACAGGAAACCGAGAAGCUCAAGUCAAACGCUUUCUACCAACAACAACGCCGUUCGCCAGAUCCUAUGUCCGGCACAACACUCCGCGCCCCAGCGACCUCCACGAUAGGGAGCGACGCCCGUCAGUCUGAUAUAUCAAUGCUUCCGCGACAGCCCUCGCCGGCAGUGACAACAUGGUCCUUCGGGGCCGACACGCCCGACCUCCCUAGCAACAAACCUCGCCGCGACCUCCUUCGCCGCCUGGAGCCGCUCCAUCUCGUCCCAGGCAACACAGCCGACGCUCAGCCGACGCUUCGUCAGCAGAUUGAGGGACGCAAUGAAAGCAAGCUGCAGAAGAUGAUGGGCAUGAACGUUUCGGAGCCGUCAACGCCACGCGUCGCGUUCGAGGAGCCUACGGAGGAGUCGUACAAUCCUGUCGUCACUCUAAGGGACCUGACGAGGUCGAACAGCAAGAAAGGCCAGGCGCCCAAGAGCCCGCAGAAGAAGGUCCUCGGCAUUAGCAUCCCGUUCACACGCGCCAGAUCGCCGACGAAGGGCAUGAUCGUUGAGGAUGGAGGGGACAUCGCGCCGCUGCCGUUUCUGCCAGGUGUAGGUCCCAAAGCGCAUCAGGUGCUGGGAACGGCGAAGCGCGUACCUGUGCCUAUUCUCAAGAGGCCGCAGCGGUCGCAUACGGUCACGUCUCUUCCCAAGGAGCUAUUUGAAAAGCACGACUCGGAUGAGGAUAUGAUCCCGCCGGUCAAGUUUGCUAGUAUGAAUAGCAACGCGCGGUACAAGGCCGCUACGCCGGCUAGUCAAGCAGCUUCCGAACCUGUACGCCCAUCGUCGAGCCCGCCGAGCAAGAUUGCGGUUCUCAGGCCCAGUUUUGAGAAGUCGCUCAGCUUUCCAAGCCCCUCGAGGCCACCGCCUACCCCUCCAGAGAAGGAUACACCACCACAUGUCAAGCGAGAGAAUGCGCUUGGAGGAACUGGGUUGGGCAUCACCACCGGCCAGUACGAGGCCGCUCACAAUGGUGAUGGCAUACUAUCGCCAGUCGCUGAACGCGAGGUGAGUCUAGCCAAGUUCGUAGAUUGCGGUCCCCAAGGCGUCGGCAGUCUCGUGCAGAAGGUGCCCAGCAUCUACUCCAUGCGUGCAGCCGUUGUUGAUGUGCAGAGUCGCUCUGCUGGCUUUGAUCCGGCGACCGGCUUUCAGACGCCACAGCAACAUGUUGGCCGCUGGAGUGAUGGUGUGAAAGACUACCAACGGAGGCUGGAUGGGCUGCUGCCGGGUGGGCUGCUGCCUCCUACUCGGUACUACAGUCCGUCGAUCUACUCGCAGCCUUUUGAGUCGCCUAAGCUUCAGCCGGUACAGAAGUACACCGACCGCCUCGCCGACAUAAAGGAAGAACAUUCGCGCAACGUCUCUACCGCAAGUCAAAUAUCGCAAAUCAGCGACGCUACUAUUCCUGUUGUCUUUCAGGGUAGAAAAGAGGAGAUCACGCCGGACGCAGCAAAGACGACUUUCGAAAUUCCUACGAAAGCGCGGGUGAAGACGGAGGAUUCAUCCAAGAAGGACAUCACUUCGCUUGUGAAGGCUUCACUUGGAAUAAAAGAGGACCAGCCUACUGCUCAAAGCGUCACUCAACCAGCAACCGAGGCUUCGACAAACAAGAUGCGCUCUCAGCUCAAGAUUGAUGAACCGCAGCGACAGGCCAUACGGCCUGCAGAGACGUCGCAAGAAAAUAACAACCUCUCAGCAGAGAAGCCCACGCAACCCCAUCCACAGCCGAGCGAACCCACCAAGCCCUACUUGCCAUCCGAUCUGACACCGCUCCUCGAGCAAGAGCUCAACAACACCUACAGCCCCGCUCGUCGCUCACACCCUCAGUUCUCACCGGAGGCAGCCAGCGCAAUGCCCACCCCUCUCUACGGCCACCAGGAGUUCUCUCUGCCGCCGAUUUCGGCCAUGGCGGCUCCACCACUCCUCGCAGAUCCAGGCCUCCUCACCCACUUCGACGUCGUUCACCACCACCUCGGCGAUAUCGCGAGCUCCUUGCACCACGCUACGGACACCAAUCAGGAGAAAGCGGUGGAGAUGAUCGGCAGCAAGCACGACGAGACACUCAAAGUUCUGAAUGAGCACUUCGCGGACGUCCGGGCAAGCUUGAAUGCUGUGGAACACAACAUGGGCCGCGCAUCAGGCGAGACUGGAGCAUUGCGCGCGACGGUAGAGAAGCUAGCUACAACGGUGCAGGACAAGCUAAUCAGCAGGGUGGACGCGCUGGUUGAGGCGAACAAUGGCCUCUGCGACAAGAUCGACGGGCUGGAGGCGUGCGUCGCGGCGUUCGAGAAGAAGCUGGAUAGCUGGGAGAAGCUGCAGGACCAGGGGGGGAAUAUUGUGGUGCCGACACCUUCAGCCUCGAUGACGAACCUCCAUCUAAGCGGCACGCAGCACCAGCAAUACCCUCAGCAUCCACAGCAGCAGCAGAUGAGCUCCCAGGCCUACGACGUGCAGCCGCAGCCGCUACACCAACACCAGCACUACGGCUAUCCGAUGCGCCAGCCUUACGCGCAGAACAGCGGCCACGGCCAGAGGGAGUACAUGAUGGCGCAGGGGAUAGUGGAGGAGGGACAGCACCAGCACCAGCUUCCGGAGAGAAUGGGCCAGGGACAGCCGUACGGCAAUCCGUAUUAUCGCAGUCCGUAUGGGGCGUUUCAGCAGGCUAAGUGA